UGCGCGCGUCCAGAGUUGUCGUAUCGUACGUUUAGUUAUCGAAGUAUCGUACUUCCAUACGUACGCCUGCAAUACCAACAUCUAUUUAUCGUACGCAUGUAUUAAAAUAAAUUGUUGUUAUUGUUGUAAAUUGUUGUACUGGCUAGUGCUGUGACGCGAUAGUGUUGUUCUGAAUUUUUUUUUGGUGAUCACUAAUUUAUUGAAAAUAAGAUAAGAAUGGGGGAGGACAGGAAGGACAAUGAAGACGUGACAGUCGACGAAACGGAGGCACCACCCGACGCCGAAGACACCACGGAACCAAAAACUGACGACAUAGAGGAUAAUAUGCAGAAACAGAUAGACGUAGUCAUAAACAAAGAGAUGCCGAUAAAGUACGCCGACAAUGCGAUAAGGCAACGAGAAAACGAGAAGUCCAAUUACAUACAGAAUAUAAAGAACUCGAGCUCCGGAUUGAGUUUGAGUGAACUGAACAUGAAGGAGGAGACGCUGCUCACUGAUUCGAAGACAGUUGUCAGAUUUUCACCUAUAUGGAAACAGACCCUGGCUUCAAUGGCAGCCAUCUUGAUGACGUUCACCGGUGGACUGACGUCGGGAUACUCCGCCGUGCUUCUGCCGCAGCUCAAGGCUUCGGACAGCAGCAUUCCUUGCGAUGAGAGCACUGCAUCUUGGAUUGCGGCAAUGGCAGCACUCCCGAUGGCGCCGGGCUGUCUCAUCGGAGGCUGGCUCAUGGAGAAGUUCGGCAGACGCAACGCGCACUACAUGGUGUGCGCGCCCUUCCUCCUCGGCUGGAUCCUCAUCGCCUGCGCUAACAACCUCGCCCUGAUCCUCCUCGGGAGAUUCUUCACCGGCCUCUGUGUCGGCCUAAUCGGACCUCUGGGUCCCGUUUUCAUCAGCGAAACCACCAGCCCUCAACUUAGAGGAAUCUUCCUCGCUGCGAUAUCUUUAGCCAUCGCUGUUGGUAUUUUAGUCGCACAUUUAAUAGGAACCUGGGUCCAUUGGCAGUGGACGGCCAUUGUGAGUUGCAUAUUCCCCAUUCUAUCAGUAAUUCUGUUGAGUUUGAUACCAGAGAGUCCAACCUGGUUGAUCUCUAAAGGACAAAUCGAAGACGGCGUCAAAGCUUUUACAUGGCUGAGAGGUUACGAUGAAGAAGCAAAACUCGAACUGAAGGGGAUCAUAGACAAGCGUAAAGCUGCUGACAACGAACCAGUUCCGACGUUAAGAGAAAAGAUUCGCAGUUUAAAAUCGCCUGAGCUUGUUAAGCCCCUGUUUAUAAUGAUCAUCUUCUUUAUUACGUGUCAGUUUUCUGGUGUUAACGCUAUUGCGUUUUAUUCUAUCGAAAUUAUUGAGAAAGCAGUCGGUAAAGGUAUAGACCACUAUACAGCUAUGUUCGUUAUCGAUUCGUUGAGGACCAUCAUGUCGGUGGUAGCUUGUGUAACUUGCAAAAAGUAUGGCAGACGACCUCUGUGCAUAUUGAGUGGUAUUUUCACAGCUCUUUCAAUGGUAGGAUUAUCUAUGUUUUUGUACUGGACUGAUGGGCAGCCCACAAAUUUAUCCUGGAUUCCUUUAUCUUUACUUAUGCUUUACAUUUGUGCCAUUUCAAUCGGACUCGUUCCUUUGCCCUGGAUGAUGUGCGGAGAAGUAUUCCCGAUAAAAGUCAGAGGUCUUGGGUCUGGAAUAAGUUCGGCGACUACUUUCGUGUCGUUCUUUAUUGUCGUGAAGACAGCUCCCGGCAUGAUGACCGACCUGGGCGAGGUGGUCACCUUCCUUUUCUACGGUAUUAUAGCACUAAUUGGUACUGGUAUCCUAUAUUUCAUUUUACCUGAAACUAAAGGUAAAAGUCUUCAAGAAAUCGAAGAUAAAUUCAAAAGUAAUAAGAUAAGUAUAGCUUGAAUUGUAUUAUUAUCAGCCAAUGGACGUCUUUUGCUCAAUGUUUGAAUACCACACUACAGAAGCUUGUGUUCAGUGACUCCCUGCUCCCUUUCUUGGUUGAUUUAAAACCAUUUAGUUGGAUCUUGGGGUCACCGUUUUAGAAUACUAGAACCUCGUCCAUUGAUGCUCCGAGCAAUGAGCUCUGUCCAUUGUCACUCAGGCAUUCAAUAAUCUACGUCGGUUUUUCUUAAUCACCUUUUUUUGAUUCCAUGCAUUGAUCAUCACAUAAUGUGAUGAAAAUUAUAUUGCCUAGACCUUCUUCUUCCGCUGAAUGAUUAUCAGUUUUGACUUGAUCACAUAACGUAUUUUUUCUCCUUUGUGGGCUGAGUGACUCUGAGCUUUAAUUUUAAGUAGGUAGAUAAUUAUUAUAAUUAUAUUAAUAUUAUUGUAACGUAAUAAAUAGGUAAGUAGGUAAACUUAAGAAAUUCCAUUGAAAAUUGUACUCGCUGAAAGCGUACAUUAUUUACUGUCUGUGAUAUUGUAGUUCAUAACGAAAAUUAAUAAAUAUACAUAUGUUAUUA